CACUUUAAAUGCAAGGGAAAUUCAAUUUAUUGUGACGUAGAAGUACGUAAGUUUUGUGUCAUAACUUCUCCCUUUCAAGUACUACGAAAUUUAACACCAGCUGGAGCUGUAUAUAGAACACUAUAAAAAGUCUGUUACUUUUGCUACCAGGCAUAAUGUAAAUGAUUAUUUCGCCACAUAAACUCAAGAUGAGAUAGGACCUGGUCGCAUAUAAAACAGACGAAACGUUGGAAUAAACUGAACGAUAAUAUACUGAAGGAGCAGAAAAAAACAUAGUUUAUAAAGCUUUGUCGUCUAACACCCUAACUAUUAAGCUCGUAAGCAUACUCGCAAAAAAUAGUCAAUAGUCACGUAACAUCAUAUAAGCGCAUCAUCAUCUACUGUCGGAGGUUGGUUGUUACUCGCAAGUUCAAUUAUCAGUUCAUAAUUUUUAGUUGGUAUUAGCACUUUAAUGUAACAGAAAGUUUAUUAUAAACAAGAUUUAGCAAUAAUGCACUUAAGAGCUAAAUUAACACGCACAUAAACCAAUGACCAAAAUAACGUCGUUAGCGAAUUACUAAAUGACGACUUUAUGCCAAUCGCUAUUCGCCUAUAUAUAUUUUACUAUAUAUAUAAGAAGUGUCUUAUAACAAUCGCAAAACGUUGCGUUUACAUAUUUAGAUGAAAUUAACACGGCAUUCUCACGCACGUAUAUACACCAGAGUUAAAUAAAUGUUUACUAUAUGACAUGGCUGACGUAGGAAUGACGAUGGCAAGAUUCAUGUUGUUCGGCUUCCCUUCCUAUACCCCCCAAAAAAGCGUAACGUACACAUACGCGGUAUUUGUUAUACGAGUUUGUUUAUUACGAGCAGUGCAGAUUAUAUAAGGUAUAUUCAAGAACGAGAAAUACAGUUUUAGGUAUUUUUUCAAGUAUUACUGACGAAUUACCCUAUUCAAAACUAUCCACGGGGUAUAAACACAUGGGGGAAUUACACCAGCCACGCUUUACGCUUAUAACUAAAGGACUAGCUGGUGCUGAAGGUCCAGUGUUUGAUACAAAGGGACGUUUCUACGCAGUCGCUCCACUGGAACAAGCAAGCAACGAUAGAGAGACUGGUCAGUUUACAGAUGGCUCCGCUGGCAAGCUGUACAGAAUCGAACUUGAGACUGGUGACAAGCAUGUAGUAUGUACUCCACAUGUUGAAGGAUUUGGUGGAAAACCAAACGGAAGCAUUUCUGAUAAAGAUGAUUGUAUUUGGUGCGCAGAUAUGCGUCUCGGUCUUGUCAAAUUUGACCCAGGCGACAACUCCUGCAAAAUAUACGGAAAAGUGGACAGCAGUGGUAAUCCGCUAAACGGUGCGAAUGAUCUGGUUUUUGACGAUGAUGGAAACCUAUGGUUUACAGGACCCGGGAGCCCGGUCGCCCCAGCGAAAGAAGAUAUGGUCACGAUUUUUGAAGUACCUAGUGGUAAACUGUACUGCCUGCCUAAAGGCGAGGAUGUCCCGGUAUUAGCGGAUGAUAAUCUAAGGUUCCCAAACGGUCUCGCUGUGCAGGGCAAAGUUCUUCUGGUUGGGGUGACAGUGACCAAGGAAAUUCUUGCAUACGACAUUAUAGGAGCGGGAAAACUUACAAAUCGGCGGCUUUGGGCGAAAGUCCCGAGGGAGGGACUCGAACCCGGAUCAUUUCUUGGUGAAACAGAUGGACCAGACGGGAUGGACUUUGACGUCAUGGGUCGUCUUCUGGUUGCUAACCAUGGGGGAUCUCAUAUUGAAGUCUAUCCACCCGAUGGCGGCAAUGCGCCCAUAAUUCGAAUCCGAUGCCCCUUCGAAGCACCGAGUAACCUGCAUUUUCGACAGAAUUCCAAUGUUUGUUACGUCACAGAGCACAGCAAUGACGCACUUUGGAGUUUUGAAUGGGAAUGCAGAGGGGCGGCCAUGUAUUGCGAUAAAUAAAAACUGGUCUCCUUGAUAUAAUGCGAACUAACAAGUUGACGUGUCAGCAAUUUUAGCAAGUUUGUAAAUCGCUGUACAAAGUAGGACUGUAAAUUUGUAAAUAAUACAAUUUAAAUCCAUUUAUCCAAAGUUAAACAUUUUUAAGUCCACCUUUAUAUUUUGUACACAUUUAAACAUAAAACGACACAUAUCCAAUAUGGAACUUAUUCUCACAUCAAAGCAAUAAUAAAAGGAAACCAAAUGUUGGAAUAUUUAAUUCGCAAGCAUUUCAUGUCCCGAACCUUGUGGUUCGAAAUGGCAAAGAACAGAAAGAAUAUUGAAUCGAGGAAAUAAACGCCAUGAACAAUGUAGAAGGAAUGGGUGUAAGAGGAACAAUCAAGAAAAUGUUAGAAGUUACUGUUCUUGCUUAUUAUACAGAAAUAUG